AUGCGUAUUCCUGGUAAGAUCAAAGUUUUCGGCUGGAAAUUGUGCUUGGAAAUUUUGCCUGUGCGCUCCAAGUUAAGGGCAUGGCAGGUCUUAACUAAUGCCGAUUGUGGUCUCUGUUACCGAGCUACUGAAUCAAUUCAACACUAUUUUUUGGAUUGCCCUUUUGCAAACAAGGUGUGGGCCUGUAGCAGUCUCGCCCAGAUUGCUCAUCCUCAGCAGAUUGGGACUUUGUUCGACUGGCUUUUAGAGUUCUUUUUAUCUGUUGAUUUAGUAACAGGGGAGUUGUUUUGGGUAAUGUGCUGGUGCAUCUGGACACAUCGCAACCAAGUGGUGUUCAAUAACAAGGCCCAAUUUGCGGUGGAGCUUGCUCAGUAUGCAUAUGAAUAUUUUCAAGAAGUUUGUACAGUUCAGACUCGUGUUCGGGUGUUGCAGCAUGUUCCUAUGCCAAUUCGUUGGUCUCCUCCCGCGGAAGGGCUGUUUAAAGCUAAUUUUGAUAGGGCUUGCGAUGUAGCCGAAGGUUUUAUUGGUGUUGGGGUUGUGGUUCGGGACCAUACGGGCUCAGUCCUAGCUGCCAUGUCCGCCAAAAGGGUGUUAGGAAUGGAGGUGGAUUGCAUUGAGGCUUUUGCAGCGCUGGCUGCUAUUCAUUUCGCGCUGGAUCUGGGGCUAAACAACAUAGUUUUUGAAGGUGAUUCACUAAUGAUAGUUUGCGCCUUUCACUCCGGUUCGAAGUCCUUGGCAUCCUUUGGGCAUUUUGUGGAGCAGGCAAAAUCUCUGCUGCUCGGAUUUCAUUCCUGGGUUGUUCAACAUGUGAAGAGGGAAGGGAAUUCCGUAGCCCAUAGUCUCGCUCGGAUGGCGUUUGCUUUGGAGGAUUUUUCCAUAUGGAUGGAGGACGUUCCGCUCUCUUUACGCUCCCUCGUUAUGAGGGAAGUGUCUCUUUGA